AGAGGGAAAAAGCCUCAGUGGCAGAGCGCUGUUCUUUAUUUGUUAAAGAAAUUCUGAAGGCUGGGUGGCCUUUCUCCAGUUGCCCCCUACAGCCACACCGGCUGUGUUGCAUCCUGGCAGCACAUUUGUGAACUGAGAGACUUGGUACCCUGCGGGACCUGAUUCACUCUUUAAAAAGUGUUAUUUGUGUCCAGCCAUCAUCCGGACGGGACGCAUGCCGCCGCCUCCUGCACAUCCUGAUACUAGGAAGCUGGCCCGUCGGAGAACGCCCCAAGGCCAGGCGAAGAUGGCCUCGGUGCCGGUGUAUUGCCUCUGCCGGCUGCCUUACGAUGUGACCCGCUUCAUGAUCGAAUGUGAUGUGUGCCAGGACUGGUUUCAUGGCAGUUGUGUUGGUGUUGAAGAGGAGAAGGCUGCUGAUAUUGAUCUCUACCACUGUCCCAACUGUGAGGUCUUACAUGGGCCUUCUGUUAUGAAAAAACACCGUGGAUCUUCAAAAGGGCAUGAUGCACACAAGGGGAAGCCUGUGAAGACUGGGAGCCCUACAUUCAUUCGAGAGCUCUGGAGUAGAACCUUUGACAGCUCAGAUGAAGUGAUUCUGAAGCCUACUGGAAGUCAGCUGACUGUGGAAUUCCUGGAAGAGAAUAGUUUCAGUGUGCCCAUCCUGGUCUUGAAGAAGGAUGGGUUGGGGAUGACACUGCCCUCUCCAUCAUUCACUGUGAGAGAUGUGGAACACUAUGUUGGUUCUGACAAAGAGAUUGAUGUGAUUGAUGUGACCCAUCAGGCUAACUGCAAGAUGAAGCUCGGUGAUUUUGUGAAAUAUUAUUACAGCGGGAAGAGGGAGAAAGUCCUCAAUGUCAUUAGUGUGGAAUUUUCUGAUACCAGGCUUUCUAACCUUGUGGAGACACCCAAGAUUGUUCGGAAGCUCUCAUGGGUGGAGAACUUAUGGCCUGAGGAGUGUGUGUUUGAGAGGCCCAAUGUGCAGAAGUACUGCCUCAUGAGUGUGCGGGAUAGUUAUACAGACUUUCACAUUGAUUUUGGAGGCACCUCGGUCUGGUACCAUGUGCUAAAGGGUGAGAAGAUCUUCUACCUGAUCCGCCCAACCAAUGCCAACCUGACUCUCUUUGAGUGCUGGAGCAGCUCCUCUAAUCAGAAUGAGAUGUUCUUUGGGGACCAGGUGGACAAGUGCUACAAGUGUUCUGUGAAGCAAGGACAGACACUUUUCAUUCCUACAGGAUGGAUCUAUGCUGUGCUGACCCCUGUGGAUUGUCUUGCCUUUGGAGGGAACUUCUUACACAGCCUUAACAUUGAAAUGCAGCUCAAAGCCUAUGAGAUUGAGAAGCGGCUUAGCACAGCAGACCUAUUCAAGUUCCCCAACUUUGAGACUAUUUGUUGGUACGUGGGAAAGCACAUCCUGGACAUCUUUCGAGGUUUGCGACAAAACAGGAGACACCCUGCUUCCUACCUGGUCCAUGGUGGCAAAGCCCUGAACUUGGCCUUCAGAGCCUGGACAAGGAAAGAAGCUCUGCCAGACCACGAGGAUGAGAUACCGGAGACAGUGCGGACUGUACAGCUCAUCAAAGAUCUGGCUAGGGAGAUCCGCCUGGUGGAAGACAUCUUCCAACAGAACGUUGGGAAGUCGAGCAGUAUCUUUGGGCUGCAGAGGAUCUUCCCAGCUGGCUCCAUCCCCUUAACCAGGCCAGCCCAUUCCACUUCAGUAUCCAUGUCCUGGCUGUCACUGCCCUCCAAAAGUGGUUCAAAGAAGAAAGGCCUGAAGCCCAAGGAACUCUUCAAGAAGGCAGAGCAAAAGGGCAAGGAGAGCUCAGCCUUGGGGCUUGCUGGCCAGUUGAGCUAUAAUCUCAUGGACACUUACAAUCAUCAGGCACAGAAGACAGGCUCUUCCCAGAAAGCAAAGUUCAACAUCAUUGGUACCUGUUUGAAUGACUCAGAUGAUGACUCACCAGACUUGGACCUUGAUGGGAAUGAGAGCCCAGUGACCCUGUUGAUGUCUAAUGGCAGUACCAAGAGGAUAAAGAGCCUAUCUAAGUCUCGUCGAGCCAAGAUCUUGAAGAAGGUAGACAAGGCUAGGCUAGUGGCAGAACAGGUGAUGGAGGACGAAUUUGACUUGGAUUCAGAGGAUGAACUGCAGAUUGAUGAGAGAUUGGGAAAGGAGAAGGCGACCCUGAUAAUAAGACCAAAAUUUCCCCAGAAGUUGCCCCGUGCAAAGCCUUGCUCUGACCCCAAUCGAGUUCGUGAACCAGGAGAAGUUGAGUUUGACAUUGAGGAGGACUAUACAACAGAUGAGGACAUGGUAGACGGGAUCGAAGGCAAGCUUGGUAAUGGGAGUGGAGCUGGUGGAAUUCUUGAUCUGCUCAAGGCCAGCAGGCAGGUGGGGGGACCUGACUAUGCUGCCCUCUCCGAGGCCCCUGCCUCUCCCAUCACUCAGGAGGCCAUCCAGGGCAUACUGUGCAUGGCCAACCUGCAGUCCUCAUCAUCCUCACCAGCUACCUCCAGCCUGCAGGCCUGGUGGACCGGAGGGCAUGACCGAAGCAGCGGGAGCUCCAGCAGUGGGCUGGGCACAGUGUCUAACAGUCCUGCUUCCCAGCGCACCCCAGGGAAGCGGCCCAUCAAGCGGCCAGCAUACUGGAGAACUGAGAGUGAGGAGGAGGAGGAAAACGCCAGUCUGGAUGAACAGGACAGCUUGGGAGCAUGCUUCAAGGAUGCAGAGUAUAUCUACCCAUCCCUGGAAUCUGAUGAUGAUGACCCUGCUUUGAAAUCUCGACCCAAGAAAAAGAAGAAUUCAGAUGAUGCUCCAUGGAGCCCAAAAGCCCGUGUUACCCCAACACUACCAAAGCAGGACCGUCCUGUGCGAGAGGGGACCCGGGUAGCCUCUGUUGAGACAGGCUUGGCUGCAGCAGCUGCAAAGUUGGCCCAGCAGGAGCUGCAGAAGGCCCAAAAAAAGAAAUAUGUUAAGAAGAAGCCUUUGCUGAAGGAGACAGAACAGCCUCACCUUCAAGAUUCCAGUCUCAGCGUGGCAGCACCAACCCCAACCCUAGCCACUACACCCCAGCUUCUCAAUACCCUGCCUCCUCCUGAGCCUAAACAAGAAGCCCUCUCAGGAAGCCUUGCUGACCAUGAAUAUACUGCUCGUCCCAAUGCUUUUGGCAUGGCCCAGGCAAACCGCAGUACCACACCCAUGGCCCCCGGAAUCUUCUUGACCCAGAGGCGCCCUUCCACUGGCUCCCAGAGCAAUCAGGCAGGACAAGGAAAGCGUCCCAAAAAGGGCCUGGCCACAGCAAAGCAGAGACUCGGCCGCAUCCUGAAAAUCCACAGAAAUGGCAAACUCCUUCUGUGAGCCCCCUUGUGUCCCACUCCCCACUCCUUCACCCCCAUUGCCUUCUCCGUUGUCAACUCUCGGGGCACUCCUGGAUCCUUUCCGCCCCGGACAAGGUGCUGAGGCGCGUUGUCCUGCUUUCUUGGUACUGACCAAAGGCAUGGACUCUCCCAUGGACCCCUCCACUGACUCUCCCCAACUCCCUUUCCCCACUUCCACUAGAGCAUCUGACCUUCCUUCUCCAUACCCCUGAGCAGCAGGUAAAUGGGAGUGGUUUCCACCUGACCAGAACCCUUUUCUCUACUGCCCCAAUCCAUUUCCCUUCUACCUGCCUUAUUUUUUCCUUUACUCUCACCGCCCCCCCCCCCAGAGCUGGAAGGCAGGAUGAAGAGAGGCAUGAAGAUAACUUGAUUUGGGAAGAGAGCCUGGGCCCUUCAGUGUUUCUCUGGUUAUGAAGUGGGAAGCCAGCGCUUGACACUUUCCACAGCUCCAACCCUAUCCCUAGAAACCUCCCACCUGUGCCCACUCUUCCUUACCCUUCUGCCCCCUACGUAGUCCACAGUGGGAUGUCCCACCUCCAUAGUUGUUCCUGGGAGAAGGGUCUGGACUCUGCCCCCUCUUGCCAAAUGUGUCAUAGAAAUAAAGGGGAGCCCUGUAAUCUCCUUACUACCCACUGCGGGCCAUUUCCAAGGGGGGUCUGGAAAGGCCAAGGGUUGUCUUCACUCAACUUUGGGAAGAAGGAAGGUUCCUGUCACUUCUCAGGGAGGAGAGAGUACAGACACCUGAGCCUUUGACCAUGACUUUGCAGCUCAUUGGAGGAAACUGAUUUUGGGUGGCUACAUAUGAAGCCCCUUUUCCCAGGGCGAGCUCCAGAGUUUUGCCUGGACUUUGAGGUCCUGCAGAAUAUUAUCCAUGUGGCUGUGACUGGGUCCCAGCAGGUGAGAAACUGUCUCCCAGAAACUUGAGAGCAUCUGUUACUGGAGCAGAAAACUCUGGCCCUAUGGCCUGCUCCCUUCACCUCUAUUACAGAGCAUAGCCUUGACCUCGAGAGGGUGUGACAGAAGAGCUCACUCCUGGGUCUUUCAUCGGGAACUACCCUACUUCUUUCCCCACCCGAGGUCUUGGUCUGCAGAAGGCCUCAGGACUCACAUCUUCACUUCUAGGCCUUUGCAUUUACAGACAUCAGGUCAGUGCUUAAGCAGAGCACAGGUGGGCCACUCAUGAGCCCAAGCCUAGGAGAGGAGACACCUUUCUGUGAAGGAGUAGAUCAUCUGAUCCUCCCUUGCUCCUCUUCCCUUUGUGGAUCUUCUCCAUCGUCCAGACAGUGCCUACCCUUUUCCCAUCCCAACUUCCACCCUCUAAUCCCCCCACCUCCCAUCUGUUUUGCCUCACUGGCAAUCUGGAUGGGAUGGAGAGUCCCCCCUCCAUUUUGGCACUGCCAAGUGGAGUAUAUCCUUGCCCUCUUCCCCCCACCCCCACUCCAACCUCAACCUAGCUUGCCCAGUGCUUCUGGAAAAUUUAACAGCUACCAUGCAGGCCACAGGAAAUAUGUGAGGCUUCCCUUGUCUUGUAUCUUCAGUUUGUCUUUCUUUUCUCCACAGCUCCACUUCUACUCUCCUUCCUUGGAAUCAGGGGUCCCUUAGUCCCAUUUGCUUUUCCUACUUUGGGGACCCCAGGGGCCAAGCAGUCCUCCAUCUAGUCACACCAAAGGCAAAAAGCCUGGCUACCUCCCCCCUAGCACGUGAGGUCCCUAUUCCUCUCCCCUCUCUUUCCAACCACUUUUGCUUAUCUUGGGGAUUUCAAAGCAGCAGAGGGUAGUGAGGGAAGGGAAUGGGAAGCCUGUGUCCCUGUGAAGGCAUCUGCCUGACUAGGCCCUGACUGCUGUAACCAAGACUAGGUCCCCAGCCCUUUUUUCCAUUAAUACCCCCUCUUGAUCUUUCAAAGGCAGCUAAUUGCUAGCAAAUAUCCCUGGUUCCAGGCCUCUUUCCCCUCUUUCUUUGUUAGAAGUUUCUCUGGAGCUGAAACCCAGCCUCCACUUGACUGGGUUUCCUUUCAUUUAGUUCGGUUCUCAGAGCCUCCUGUUUGUUGUUUUGUGUUGUUUCAAAUGAAAAGCAACUUUACCCUCAGAGUUAUGCUUUCCAAAGAGGCUAGUGUGCUUUUUUUUUUUUUUUUUAAUGUUUCAGGUUCUAAGUGUUUGAAGUGAGUUGGGGAGGGGUUGGAAGUGGUAGUAACCAAGGUUUAGAACAUGGUGGGAGAGUUACCUCUGGUCUCCAGUCCCCAGCAGAAGGCUGGGGUUGGAUAGGGGCAGGGAGAAAGGAUUUCUAUUCACCUUUAAUAUAUUUUUACAGAAAAAGCAAACAAUUUAAAAACAAGCCCACCGCUUCUGUACAUGUCUAAAUAUAUUUUUAGAAGUGGGUAGGAUUGUGAAUUUCUGAUGCAGGGCCUUUUUAUAAAACAGGUUAGAGUAGUAUCAUCCAGACUUCGCUAUUGUUUUUUCCCGUUUCUUUUCUUAUGUUGUGUUACUAAUGUAAUUUAUAUUUUUUUUUAGAUCCACCCUUUCCUAUAGAAAUAAAAGUGAUUUAUCUUGGCAA